AUGUGUAUCGCAUUAAUAUCCACCGCUCAUCCAUCCUACCCAUUAAUCGUCAUCAACAACAGAGAUGAAUACCUCCACCGCCCAACCUCCCCGGCAAACUACUGGCCCCCGCCACACACCCACAUCCUCGGCGGCCGCGACCUGGCACGAGCCACCCACGGCACAUGGAUGGGCGUGAGCACAGACGGCAAGAUCGCCGUGCUAACCAACUACCGCGAAAAGACCUCCGACGAAGCCACAGGCAGCAAGUCCCGCGGGACGAUCGUGAACAAUUGGCUAACUCUACCUCCCGGGGAGCGGACCCCGACGCGCGACUUCGUCUCCGGGAUGGUGAAUAGUCCCGAGGCGAGGAAUGUCGGUGGGUUUAGUCUUGUGUGUGGGUAUGUGGGCGAGCCGUUGGCCAUCGUGUCGAAUCGGAGCGAGGAUGUCGAGAGCGUGAGUUGGGUGGCGAAUGGGAGGGGCGAGACGAGGGGACUGAGUAAUACGACGUUUGAGGAUCGGUCGUGGCCGAAGAUCUUGGAUGGGGAGAGGUUGAUGGAGGAGGUUAUUGGGAGGCAUUCUGGUGCUGCUGGGGAGGAGGACAAAUUGAUCGAUGGGUUUUUGGACCUGCUAAGCAAAAAUACCCUGCCGGAGCUUGGGGAGGAUGCGACGGCGGAGGAUUAUCUGCCGUUCUUCCGGCAGAGUAUCUUCAUUCCGUUGCUGGGGAGGAAGGAGGACGAGGCGAGGGCGGCUGCGCGGGGGUCGGAGGUCGGUGGCGAUGACUCGUUGGAUCGGAGUUAUUUGCACGGGUCGUAUGGGACGCAGAAGCAAACGGUGAUCCUGGUGCGGCAAGAUGGCACGGUGAAGUAUUUCGAGCGGACGCUAUAUGACAAUGAUGCGAAGCCCGUGCCGACUGGGGAGGGGGAUCGGUCAUUCGAAUUCGAGGUGUCGAAAUCGGGGUGA